CUUGCAGAGUCUUGUCCUAAAGUCCCACUCCCACACAAGCCUGCACUUCGUAUAUAGACAGAGGAUUCUCGACAUAUUGAUUUUGCGCUUGCGGGUUCGAGACCCGUCAGUCCCGACCUAAGGUCUGAUGAAUCGAUCUUUCCUAACUGGGCUUGUUUUUGACAAGUUUAAAUGAGGGGCUUAACUUAAUUAGCCCAGCAGCCCAAUUCUGACUUGGGUUUAUUCUGAUUAGUCAAAUUUUGCUCUUGCAAAAUUGAAUGGCUUUGUGUUUGGGUUGAUUUGACAAAAAUACAUUUCCUGCAGUAAGGAGUAAAAAAGUGCACAUCUUCCCCUUAGUCCCUCUUAGUCCGGCGUCCCCACCAAACAUAGGAUAGGACUUAGUCCAAGCCAACCCUAUCCUUGUGAUUAGUCCUAGCCUAGCCAAUUCCAUAGGGUGCCAAAGACAUUUAUGAACAAACAUGGAGAGCAACUAUCAGAUCAAAUACACUUUAAGCUUCCAGGUGGUUUGGAAAGUGAAAUAAAACUCAAAAGAUGUGCUGGUGAGUUUUGGUUUGAAAAGGGUUGGCCAGAGUUCUCUAAGUUUUGCUCUCUUGAUUUUGGUAGCUGCUUAGUCUUCCGAUAUGAAGGGAAAUCCAAAUUCCACGUCUUGAUAUUUGAUGAAAGCGGCAUAGAGAUUAAAUAUCCAACAAUGCCCCAAAUUGAAGGAACCGAUGAAGAAGAAGAUGAUGAUAUGUCUACAAAAGAAAUUUUGGAGAUUGAAGAUGAUGAUAAGUCUGUAGAGAGCUUAGAUAUUGAAACUGAUGAAAGUUUGGAGAUUUUAGUAAUUGAUGAAGAUGAAGAUGAUGAUGAUGUUAAGUCUGUUGAGAGUUUGGAGUCCUUUCCUCUGCCUCAAGAGAAAAACAGAAGAAAGCCACGCUCUUCCUCAAAGCCAUCAUCUUUGAGGGCUGCUGUUAAAGCUGCCAACAAGUUCGUCUCAAGCCACCCAUUCUUCAAAAUCACUUUGGGGCCAUCCCGUAAGGCGCAUGUUCCAGCUAGUUUUCGAAAGCAUUUCACUCCAGUGAAGAAUCAAACCGCGAGGCUUCUGGUCGGAGAUAGAUUGUGGCCUGUGACUUUGAUUUUUCAUCCUCAAAACUACCGAUUUAGUGCUGGUUGGGGAGCAUUUGAAAAGGCAAAUUGGUUAAAAGAAGGAGAUAUUUGCAUCUUUGAGCUUAUGGACAAAAAGAACCUUGCACUGGAAGUGAACAUUUUCAGAUGCUGAUUAUUAUUGGAUAUGUUAGUUGUAGGUUGUUUUAUGAACUCUGUGUGACUUGCUGGGCUCUCCAGGGAUCUUUGUUAGAACCAUUCGGUAGGCCUUCUAGGCCAGGUUGUUGUAUGGAACUUUUUAUUUAUUUUAUAUAUUUGGUUCUUGGUUUAA